CGGUUAAAUGAGACUUCCGGUGCAUAUUGCAAAGCUGUCUGCAAACUACAACUAAGGGUACACAUUUUGAGCUGAAAAAGAAAGCUGAAAAUAGAAUAUCCUCAUAUCAAGAUAAAUGGCACCACCAGAACCCAAAGAAUUCCUGCCAGGAGUACCAGAUUGGAGUACAGUACACGAACCAUCUGGAGAUCUAUUUCAGCCUAUUACAGAUAAAGAUGAUUGGAAUACAUUUAUGUGGACAGAAGAACAAAUCAAUAAAUUUUGGACAGAUGGUGUAGUAACAAAUGUACCACUUCUAUCAGAGGAACAAUGCAAUAGAAUUAUAAAUGAUUAUAAAUAUUUCACUGGUGAAGUAGAGCAUCCUGGGAUGGGAAUGAUGUAUGAGUACCAUUCUAACCAGAGUGGAGAUCCUAACAAUGUCCUCAUACAUUGUCUUGGACAUUGGAGAUUGACAUCAUUAUUUCAUGACUUGCCAUUUCUUCCUCAAGUUGUGGUGCCUGCAUCUCAAUUGUUAUUACCUGAUAAACAAACAGCUGUGAGAUUUUGGCAUGAUCAGUUAUUUGCUAAGCCUGCUAAACAUGGAGGUGUAGUUGCAUGGCACCAAGACUAUUCUUAUUGGAUCAGAACCAGACCAAUGAUGCACCUUACUGUACAUGUUGCACUUGAUGAUCAGUCGGAAGAAAAUGGAGGAAUUUAUUAUAUACCUAAAUCACAUAAGUGGACAAGAGAUGGAGAACCACUGCCAGUAUUAGAUUUUAAUUUUAAGGAUAUGGAGUCUAUAAAGACCAUCUUAACAGAAGAAGAAUUAAGCCAGUUUAAACCAGUAUGUGCCAGAUUAAAGAAAGGAGAAGCUAGUUUCCAUCACCCCUUAACUGUACAUGGAUCCUAUUCAAACAGGAGUGAAAGACCUCGUAGAUCAGCUGUACUUAAUUACUUUGGUGAUGGGGUAUAUUCAGAUUCAAAUGAAGAACUUCUAAAAGGAAGUAUGGUACCAAAGGGGCAGAAAUUGGAGGGACAAUUUUAUCCUGUAGUGUUUGAUCCAGCAUGGAUGAAGUGAGACAUUACAGAGAAAGUAAUAAAAUAAGACAUGUAUGUGAUUGACUGAAUGGGAUGUUUGUAUAAAUAAGUAAUUGUACUUUAUUGUUAAUAAUAACAUCAAGUGAUAAUUGAAUAAAAGAUUUAAAUAUGAAUAA